AUGCCCUCGCUGCGGCUGUUCGGCCACUCGUGGCACCUGGCCAGCGACAUGCUGCCGGUGCUGGGCAUCUGCCUGUUUGUGCCGGCAUUCGCCUUCCUGGUGGCAUACAUCGUGCUGUUGAGCAUCCACUUUGAGCGGCCAGGCUGUUCGGGCAGCCAAGCACACAUGCGAGAGGCGGUGGUGUGGGGCAUGCCGGCCUUUGCCCUGCUGCACGUCCUGUCCUCCUCCUGCAUGAUUGCCAUCGGCCUUGCUUGUGCAGCACCCCUGCGGCGGCGGCAGCGGCAGCAAGCCGUGGACCCAAACGCCGUGCCGCCGCCGCCGCAGGCAGCACCCCUGCGACGGCGGCGGCAGCAAGCCGUGGACCGAAACUCCGUGCCGCCGAGCAGCCCCUUUGAGGAGAGCAAGCGGCGGCUCAUGGUGCCGCUGCUGUACAUUCUAGCCGCCAAGUGGGUGUUGUACGUGGCAUUCGCCAUCUUCUCCUUCGUCGUGACGCAUUGCUGGGCGUCUGGGCUCAGGACGCUGGCGGAGGCCGCCCUGUGGACCUCAGUCUUUGUGUACCUGGGCAUCUUCCUGACCUUCUUUUUCGCGCUCAACGCUCUGGCCAAGCACAACCCGCAGACUCGGUGGCAGCUGCGCAUCCAGACCGCGUCCCGCCUGCUGGGCUGCUACGAUGUGCUGAUGCGGGCGCAGCUGGGGGAGGAGAACACAGGGAAGGCAGUGCUGGAGGAGCUGGCCGCCUCCUUUGCCCGUCUUUUUGGAGUGAUCGAUUUGGAGAAGACAGACAUCGUGUGUGGACUGACGCUGGUGCAAAUAAUGCAGGCACAGCAGCGCAAGGCCGUCAUUGCAGACCGGCUGCGCCAAGCUGGCAUCCCCGUCAGCCACAACUGGCGCCAGCUGUCGCGCGGCGGGGCGCUGCAGGCAGCUUGCCAAAGCGCUUCCGGCGCCAGUGCAGGCGCAGACGGAGCUGCGGAGGCGGGCGACAGUGGCAGCACUGGUUGGGUGGAUCUCUAUCUGGAGCUGCGCCAGGGCUGCCAGCAGUACGGGCAGCCCGCUGCCAGCGGGCGCACCGGUGGGCGCAGCGGCAGCCAGGUGCAGGGCGAUGUGUGCCUGGAUCUGGAUGCCGCCUUCAACAGAUGGCUCAAACAAACAUCUGAGGGGCGCAGCAUGUGCCUGACUCCCUCCCACUGGGGCGCCAAGCUGGCCCCGCAGCUGACCCCCAAGCAGAGCGCCGAAAUCUACACGGGCUGCAGGAACUACGUAUCGCGCGAGGCGCUGGAGGAGGUCAAACGCUGGGCUAAGUUUGCUGCCGCCGCCUACGGCAGCAUGGCGUACAUUUGGAACCAGCCCAAGAGCUUCUACUGCCUGUCUGCUGGCUACCACCGCGCGCGCUCCGACCUGCGCCGCUCCACGAGGCCAGCCAGCGCGGUGCUGGCCGCCGCCAAGCCGCCGGUGCGGCAGAAGCUGGAGGAGUCUGGGGAGUAUCUGGAGCAUUACGUGGGGGCAAUGAAGGCUCUCCUCGCCUCGACCAUGUACAUGCGGCUGUGUUGCAGAGCAUCCCGCACGGCGGUCCUGGCACUACGCGGCUCCAAUAGCAUGGAAGACCUAUUGACCGACAUCAUCGACCGCCCCGUGGCAAUCACCGACUGGCUGCCAGGCGCCUUUGUUGAGGAGUUUCCCGAAUGCGCCAGCGACGUCUUUGCCCACAUGGGCAUGUACACUGCAGCCAAGGCGGUGCUGCAGGACCUCAACCAGCACCAGAUCCUGCCCAUCCUGCUGACGGGCGCGCCCCUGGCCUCAGACGUGCAGCAGCGCCAGCAGGCCUGGCAUGCCCCCGACGAGCGCCAGCUGCGCUGGCAGGCGCAGCGUAUCAGCCGCGCCAGCCAGCGGACUGCCAGGGACUCCCGCUUCAGCAGCUGGGACAGCAGCAAUGAGGACUGGGGCUUGCCCGCUCAGUCGCCGCCACGCUCGCCAGCUCACUCGCCCCGAGGCCCUGCCAGAGAUGGCAAUGCCGAGGCGGCUGGCAAUGGCGACACCAGCACGAGUGCAGGCAAGGGCGGGGCGCAGCAGCGGCUGGAGGAGCGGCUGUCUCCUGCCGACUACCAGCGCCUGCUGCAGGGGCGGGGCCUGGACUGCCGGGGGUGGAAGCUGGUGGUGACGGGGCACAGUCUGGGCGCGGCUGUGGCGGCGCUGGUGGGCAUGCACCUGCGCGACUGGUGCCCAGGCACCCAGGUGUUUGCCUUUGACCCUCCCGGCGGCAUGACAACCGCCAACCUGGCGCACGCCGUGGAGGGCUUUGUGACCAGCGUGUGCCUCGUGAUUGCGCUGGCCCGCACACGCCUGACCAAGCUGCGCGUGCUGGGGGGCCUGCGCUCCAAGGCGCUGCGGUCCCUGUCCCCCGAGGAACUCUUCCACCCCAUCGACCGCAUCCCGCCCGAGCCUCUCAACAUCCUCAGACAGUAUUUUUCCGGCAAGUGUCGUUUCUCGCACCUCUUUGUGCCCAUGCUGCCGCCCGGCCGCGUCAUGAUGCUGCGCCGGCUCAAGGGCCCCGCCGCGGGCCGGCCCGAGGGCAACUGGCGGCAGCGGCGGCACCAACAACAACGCGGCUACAGCUGGGAUGCUGUGUGGAUCGAGCAGUCGGAGCAACUGAUUGAGGAGGGCAUCCUGCUCAGCCAGCGGCAGGCCAGCGACCACUACACCGCACGCCUCAUGCAGGUGCUUGGCGAGCUGACGAGGCAGGCGCCAACCGCGCAGCAGGCGGCGCAGGAGGGGCGGGGCGAGGACUGA